GCGUUGACACGCAGGAUCAGGCAAGAAUUGGAUCGCGUUAGUCAUUGCAAGCGUUUCUUUUGGCCGGGUCACGCUACGGAUUAAAAAUAAGCAAAUAAAGACAUUGGAAAAGUAUUACAACUGGGCAAAUUUAAUCAUGCUGAAGAUUGCGGUGCACGGAUCUCAUCGACAGCUCCUUGUCCUGAUCGGACUCGUGGCGUCAGGUGUGCCGUGGGUCAGGGGGAUAACAGCCUACACCUCGAGUGAGCAGGAGGCCGUCAAUGGGACCAGCACCAGACUGAAAUGUACCUUCCAGACUUCGGAGCCCGUCAGUUCAUCCAGUGUGACUGUCACCUGGACUUUCCGACCUCAGGGUCAGAGUCAUGAAGAAUCGGUGCUGUAUUACAAUGAGAAGCCCAUCAUGGUCGACUCUGGCCUCUUUCACAAGCAGGUGGAGUGGGCUGGAGACAUCAUGCGAAAGGAUGCCUCCAUCACACUACGCAACGUCAAAUUCAGCUAUAACGGCACGUUCACCUGCCGGGUGACGAAUGCCCCGGACGUGCACGGCCGUGCGGGAGAGCUGCGCCUCAGGGUGGUUACUUCAGCCUCCGUUUCUGAGAUCACAAUACUGGCUGCAGCCAUCGGGGGCGGCAUUCUGCUCAUGCUGAUCAUCCUCAUCGCUGUUGUCACGGUCAAACAUUACCAGAGGAAACACGAAGACAUAGAAGAGCACUGUCCCAGUGAGAAGGGCUCCACCAUGUGGUCAUGCUGAUUCUGACAUCUCAGCCAAGCGAAGGCCGCCACUGGCCUUGAUGUCUCCCGGUAUGGAGUUGGGCCAAAACCCUGACGACUCCCUACGGCUCGGUAACAUCAGGAGCGAGUCGUGCUGAAACAGGGCCCUGCGUCUCCUCCUGGUCGGGCUCCACCGUGGAAAUAUGACACUAAGCCACUCUGGCAGAAAAGCGCCUUGACAGUGGACUUCUUGUAUAGUAUUUUUUUUCUUUAAAAUCUGCACUUUCCCUUUCUGUCUUUUAAAAAAGUGUUAUAUUAAGGAUACUAAUAGAAUAUAUUAAUAACUGUUGAAAAAAUUUGAUUGUAUAAUUCUUUAUUCUCAAUCCUGUAUCAAUCAAACUUUACAUUUUUCACUGAUUCUUCUUGAGGAUCCCAGUACACUGCUAGCCAGUGACUUCAUACUACUAACUAGUGUAAUGUGUGUAUGUGCACCUUCGGACACUUUCUAAAUUUGGUUAAGAAAUUUCCAUUGUUAUAGAUAAUAACUGAUUAAAUCGGCUGCAUUUCCUGCUUGUGCUCAGAGGUCAGAAAGUGAAAAGCUUAGCAUUUAGCGUGCUAAUGCACUGUAAUCGUUUGAUUGUUAAAUCCAGCCCUGCUGGCUGCAGUGUUGUGGGGUCUUUUAUCCUGUCUCAAACUUCCCCCUGAAAGAGUGCACUGCAUAGCCACUGGUCAGACAUGACUAAAACUGUACGCCAAUUUCUACAAGACAAAGGCAAGGAGAGGAAAAUUAGCCCAACAAAGAAAAGACACAUUUUGUCCAGUGCUUGCAGAGCAGUGAUACAGUUCUCUACCUCCAGUGGACUGUGCAGACAUUCCCCCCCCCCCCUUCCCCCUCCCUGCCCCCAAUAGCACAGUUCCUUUAUUUUCCUUAAGCCAAGCUGUUGGCUUGGUGAUCGUAGUCUCUUUUUCGGCUCACCACCCAUUUACCAUCUGGCGGUUCCUGACGUCGGUCAUCUGUGUGUCUCAGUCAAGUAGAGGAGGCCACGCACCUGCAUGUGAUGGAGGAGAAGGCUCAUUUUGAGAGGCCAGCGAGCCGAGCUUCAGCGUCCAGCUUGAAAGACGAGGGAGAGAAGCUCUGUGACAACAGCGUGGUGGUGCUGGAUUGAAGCA